AUGACCGCGCUGGUGAUUACCGGCCCCUCGGCGCUCGCACAGCGCCGCGGCACCUUCGCCAAGGGGCGCGCGUCCGGGGCGCGUCCCGUCCGCGCCGCCCGCCUCGCGUCGACCCCGCGAACCCGCUCCAGAUGGACGCGCGCGUCCGCGUCGGGAGGCACGACCAUCGGCGCGGAGGAGAUGGCCAAGGAUGCGUCCGCCGCGGAGCCCCUGAUCGGCAUCAACCCCGACCGGGUGCCCAUGGUCGAGGCCGUGAACCGCGGGGAGACCUCCGGCACGUUCAACUGGACCAAGCAGUGGUACCCGGUCGCGGUCAUCGACCUGCUGGACACGUCCAAGCCCCAUCCCACGCAGCUCCUCGGCAAGGACAUCGUCGUCUGGAAGGACGGAGCGGGUAAGUGGAACGUCUUCGAGGAUAAGUGCCCGCACAGGCUCGCCCCCCUGUCCGAGGGGCGAGUCGAGGACGACGGCACCCUGCUCUGCGCGUACCACGCCUGGAGGUUCGACGGCGACGGCGCGUGCACCGACAUGCCCCAGGCGUCGUCCAAGGAGGAAGCGGACCGCGUCAGGGCCAACCCGAGGUCGUGCGCGUUCACCAGGCCUUGCAUGGAGGCGCAGGGGCUGGUGUGGGCGUGGGGCGAGGGCGGCAAAGAGGCCGAGCUGGAGGCGCGCAUGACCCCGCCCCUCCUCGUCCCGGAGAUUGAGGGCGUGGGCAAGAACGGAGAGGCGCCCGGCGGAGGGUACCGCAACCACUGGCAAGUUCGAGACAUGCCCUACGGGUGGGCGGCGUUUUUCGAGAACGCCAUCGACCCGGCGCACGCGGUGGUGUCGCACCACACCCUCGUCGGGUCGCGGUACGACGACCCGGCGGGUUUUAACUGCGUGGUGGAGAGGCCGAUGACGGCGGAGGCUGGGUUCCGGUGCGCCAUCGAUCCCGCGGUGCCUCCGUUUAACACCAUCGGCAAGUACGACGCCGAGACCUCGUACGACUUCCAGCCGCCGUGCCUUUUAAAGAUCGACUGGCGCCACGAGGAGGCGCGUUUCCUGACCUCGCACUACUGCGUCCCCACGAGGCCCGGAUGGUGCAGGCACUUCGUCGCGACGGUGUGCCAGCGAGGCGAGGGGGAGAAGGUGCGGCAGCACCGUUGGUUCAAGCUCAACCUGUUCACGCUCACGUCGCCGGCGUGGAUGACGCACGUGCUCGGGCCCACGUUUUUGCACCAGGACAUGGUCCUCCUCCACCAGCAGGAGAAGAUCAUCGCGCAGGGCGACGGGCAGGACAUCGCGAACAAGUGGAAGGAUCAGGUGUUCAUCCCCACCGGCGCGGACAAGAUGACGGUGAUGUUCUACCAGUGGUUCGGGCGCAACGGCCCGAUCCCCUGGGCCGGCCGCGACGGCGACGCGAUGCCCCCCAUCGAGCGCGAUCAGUCCAAGCUGUUCGACACGUGGGAGAUGCACACCAAGUACUGCACCCACUGCCAGGGGGCGUUGAGAAACACCGAGGCGCUCAAGGUCGUUGCUAUCGCGGCGGCGGCGUGGAAGGCUGUUUGGGCGACGUGCCUCCUCGCCUUUGGCGCCUCCGCCGCGGGCGCCGCGGCGGGCGCCGGCGUCGCGCCCUCGCUUCGCGACGUCAUCGCCGCGGUGGAUCCGUCCUUGGCCGGCGAGGCGUUCAGCGCGCUCUCCCUCGCGGGCACCGCCUACGGCCUUCACGGCUUUGCCGGGAUGUUCCGGUCGUAUCCGUUUUCUCACGCCGAGGAGGACAUCGUGAUGGAGGGCACCGCGAAGAUCGGUUUGUCCAACGACGGACCGUCGCUGUACAUCGACGUCGUGGACAACGCGCUGUUCGGCGGGAACAAGCACGCGGGGAAGAAGGACGCGGUCGGGUGCGAGUGCGGGGAAUGCUCGCCGUUCCACGACGGGAUCAGGUCCGGUCCGCUGGCGUCGUUUAGGAAAAAGCAAGAGGAAAAAGCGAGGGCGGCGAAGGAGGCGGGCACCCCCGCGAGGUAGGCGACGGAUCUCCCCCGCUCGGAUAGAUAUGAUAAAACAUGUUUCUUUACACUGCGAUCGUUCACUUCGUCCGCCGAAUUCACUCGUCGUCGUCGUCGUCCGCGGACCGACUCGGCGGCGGCGUCGCGUCAAACUUGGACGCGAUGACGGAGAGGUACGGCGACGCCUGCCACAUGGCGUAGCCGGUGGCGCCGCUCGCGACGAUGAACCCGAAUCCUCCGAGUCCGAUGAUGGCGAAGAAGAGGGCGAAGAACACGCCGGUGGCGCCCAUGAUGCCGUAGCCCACGACCGGGGCGGACUCGCCGGCUUCCUCGGCGAGCUUGAUGAGGGGCUCGAGCCAGGCGGGCGCGGCGACGGAGGCGUCGGGGGGUUUCAUGAGCUCCUUGAGGGCGUCGGGAACCUCGAAACCGCCGUCCUCCUCGGCGCGGACGACGAGGCGGUCGGCGCGUCGGGCCACGGGGCGGGCCCUCACGCGCAUGGAGGGGCGAAGCGACGCGCCGCCGACGACCUUACGGGCGGAGAUGGACCUGGCGGGGCCGGCGGUCAGCG